GAGUGAAAGAAAGAGAGAAAGCAACUUGAGAUUAUUAUCAUGUCAUCACCCAUCUUGCCUAGCUAGCUAGACUCUCUCUCUCUCUCUCUCUCUCUCUCUCUCUAUUUUAUGGAGCUGUGAUCAUGAUACAUAUGAUCCAUUUUUCACCUGUUGGUUCUGCAUACUUCUCUCAAUAAUAUAUAUCUCUCUCCUUCCUUUCUCCGGCACAACAAGAACAAAGAAAACUACUCUUCUCAACUAGUUAGUCUUUUUUCUAUAUAUACAUGCAUGGAAUCUGCAAAGGCUCAAAAAGAAGUACUCAUAGGAGAAGCUCAGGCCUCCAAAAAAAGGUGGAGAGAAAAGUUGUAACAGUGAGAAUAGAUACAACAAAUAAUAAUAAUGUUGGGAAAGCUAAAAACGAAGGACCCCCUUCAGAUUUCUGGUCUUGGAGAAAAUAUGGUCAAAAGCCUAUAAAGGGUUCUCCUUAUCCAAGGGGUUAUUAUAGGUGUAGUACCUCAAAGGGUUGUUCAGCCAAAAAACAAGUGGAGAGAUCUAAAACUGAUGCUUCGGUUCUUAUUAUCACUUACACUUGUAGCCAUAACCAUCCUGGUCCUAAUUCUGACAUGAUCAUCAACUCAUCAAAUACAACCGAUCAAGAGCUUAAUAUUACUCGUCAUGAUCAUGAUCAACAAGUUAUAACUAAACAAAAAGAAGUAAGUGAAGGGGCAGUGGAUUCUUCCCACUAUAUAGAGUCACCCCAAAAAGACAUAGUGAUAGACUUUAAAGAAGACCCUUUUCUUGGGGAGCAACUAGAACCGGUCAGGUGCCUCUCACCAACACUACCCAAAUCAAAACCAUCAUCAUUAGAAGAAGAAGAAGAUCAUGAAGAUGAUAAAGAAAAUGAUUUCUUUGAUGAGCUUGAAGAAUUGCCCACCACUACAUCUUUUUCAAGCUUCAUGAGAAGUAGUAGUACUUUCCUUCUUUCCAAUGAGAUAACGAUUCCUCUUGUCCCUUCUUGAUCCAAGUGUUUUUUUUUUCUUUUUUCCCUUAAAGGUAUGUAUAUAAUAUAGGCUAUGUUAUGUAUGUUGUACCUAGCUAGCUACUGCCUUAAGCUAAAGCUAAAAAUGUUAUCACAUUAUGUAUGUAUGAGACAUUUUCCCUCUUGGAUUGGGAGUACGUAGUACUACUUUAUUAAUUACUAGCUUGUUCUU